AUGUCUCAACCCGCAGCAGCAGUCGGCGCUCGCCCUGCUGGCCAGCAGCAGGAGCAAGGCGGCAUAAGCUUGACGCAAAAGCUGCUACUUGGAGCUUCUAUGUACUUCGGCAUGAACUUGCUCAUGAACAACAUGUUCUCCAAGACGCAAUCCGGCACCCAGGUCAAAGAUGCCGACGGCAAUGUUGUCAGUGUACCCGCGAAUACCGAAGACAUUCCGCCCUACCUGCUCCGCCCCAAGGAAUUGGACGAGGGUGCGACCUGGAGCCAGAUCCCGCGCAAGUUGGCACCGAUAUGGCCAAUGGAUAGCUACAUCGACGUGACCGUCACCCUUUCCGACACCUUUGUUCCGAUCCCUCUGGCCCAAACUCCCCCGGAGAAGGUUGUUCUCAAGGAGGAGAAAUUCAAGAUUGGCAACUACAGCGAAAAACGUUCCAUUGAUACCACUAUCGAGGUGCCGCCCUCUGUGCAGAACAAUGGCACUCUUUGGGGCCACUUCUACGUUUCGCUGCCCGGUAGCCAGCCCGAUCCUCACGCCGAGACCUACGACCCAGCCUCUGCUUACUACUUUGCGUUCCCUCUCACUCAGUACAUCCCCAAGAAGAAGGAGUUCAAGACCAGAUCCCUUCUCGAGGGCAAGGCCGAGGAGGAGGUGGAAGAAGUGGCUGAGGAGCAGGAGACCGGCCCCAUCAUUGCCAGUUACUACCACCCGAAUGCCAGCUUCUCCAUCAUCCCCAACACUGGAGUGCUCGAUUACCGCCAAACCCAUCCCGCGAUUCGCCAGUUCCUCCAUGUCGAGCCGACUGGUGCCAGAGAUGGCUCCGGUCAGCAUUCUUGGUACUAUCCUAUCCUGUUUGUCAACACCUUUUGGCAACUCAAGAGUCAAAUGAUCCUGCUCAACGACACCGUCACGUCUGUUCCUCUGCACAUUGACUUGAACAACAUGCGUUCAUGGCAAUUCAACACUCUGGCCGCAAUUGAGGCCAGUGCCAAGGAGUCGGCACGUCAGGCUGCUUACGGUGGAUCGCUGCCUGGUGGCGGCGACGGCUCUGAGAUUGAAAUGGUCAAGGAGAUCUUUGGCGACACGAACCCGAUUCUCCUCGGCAUUACCAUUAUUGUCAGUAUUGCGCAUAUGAUCCUGGAGACACUUGCUUUCGGUUCCGAUAUUGCGCAUUACCGCAAGAAGAAGGAUAACGUCGGUAUCUCGGUCCGUUCCAUCCUGGCGAACGUGUUCAUGCAGUCCGUGAUCCUGCUUUACCUCAUCGACAACUCGCAAAACACCAGCUGGAUGAUCCUGGGUGGUCAGGGUAUCGGUAUCGUUAUUGAGCUGUGGAAAAUUACCACCAUUGUCAACGUUGCAAUCAAGGCUGCGCCAGCAGGCUCGUUGCUACCAUUUAAGAUCGUUGUCGAGGACAAGCACAAGCUUAGCGAGACGGAGGAGAAGACCAAAGAGUACGACGAGAUUGCCUUCAAGUACAUGUACAUGGCCGGUGUGCCUCUGCUCAUCGGUUACGCCAUCUACUCGCUGGUCUACGAGACGCACAAGUCUUGGUACUCGUACAUCAUCGCCACGCUCGUCGGAUCGGUGUAUGCUUACGGCUUCCUCAUGAUGGUUCCUUCGCUUUACAUUAACUACCGACUCAAGAGCGUUGCACAUAUGCCCGGCAAAGCCAUGAUCUACAAGUUCCUCAACACUUUCAUCGACGACCUUUUUGCAUUCACCAUCAAGAUGCCGUUCCUCCACCGUCUGUCCACUUUCCGCGACGACAUCAUCUUCUUCAUCUACCUCUACCAACGCUGGGCUUACCGGAUCGACUACUCUCGUGUCAACGAGUUCGGCCAGGGCGGUGAGGAUGAAGAAGAGGACGAUGCCGCCAAGACCAAGGCCAAGGAGCUGCUUGAGAGCGACCCUACUGUGGAGAAGGUGAAGCAAGUCGCGGGUAAGGCCACGGGUGCUGACACCGGCAAGGCCAAGAAGAGAAAGUAA